UAGAUAAAAUAUAUUGUAUUCCACCAAUAAUUGACCAGCUUCCUUAAGUAUAUAACUCAAGUAUUCCAACAAGUAAUAAUUCCAUGAUAAUCAUGUAAAGUAAUUUCAUGUAUAAAUACAUGUAUGAUUCCAUACUAAGGUAUUCCGAAUAUUAGCAAUUCCUAUUAUUUGAAUAUAUAGUUGCAGGACACAUAAUUCCAACAUUGAGGAGAAGGUGCAGCGCUUGCUCAAGACAUGGGAGAUGGAGAUGAUCCACAAGGUGCGCCCCGACGACCAGAAGAGCUUCCACUCCCAGGGAUUCACCGCGAGCACCAACCGGUGAGAUGCCGCACAACGGCACGCUUCUACUCCACAUCCACCGAUCUUGCGACAUAAGAGAAGACUGCCUUGCAAGUUGCAACGACACCGACGCGUGCUGCUUGCAGGGAUGAAGCCUCUGACGCGGAAGGAGUGGACGGCCAUCGGCGGCUACAACGCGUUCCUGGCGACCAAACUGCCGCCGGAGCACCGCAUCUACGACCCGAACAAGGAGACGGUGGACUCCAGCAUGUCAAUGUUCCUCACGGCGUUCCCCAGGGGCUUCGCCAUCGAGGUGCUCGACGUUUACAGCGGCCCGCCAAAGGGUUGCCUUCAAGUUCCGGCACUAGGGUACAUGGAGGGGCCGUUCAAGGGGCACCCUCCUCACGGCCAGCGCGUAGAGUUCUUUGGGGUCCGCAUUUUCCACGUAAGUUGGGUAGCUUGGUAUAUAAUCUCUACCCAUUGUCGCGUUGCACAGUCAAUUUUCAAUUUUUGUUCGUAG